CUCGUCCACAAUGUCCCGCCCCGGCAUCGCGCGCCUGCGCACCCUUGCACGGCGGUGCUACGCGACGCCCGCAGCCGCGGUCACGCAGCCCACAUUUCCAGGGAUCACGAAUCCGAAGCCGCCGACGACGGGGCAGCCGCUGGCGCGCAGCCACGCGCACCUCGUGCGCGCCGGCGAGCUCACCCCUGGCAUCAGCGCGGCCGAGUACGAGAGCCGGCGGCGGCGGCUCAUGGAGUCGCUGCCGGCCGGGAGCGUGGUCGUGUGCAUGGGCGGGACGGUGCGGCUGGUGUCGCAGCAGAUCUUCUACAGGUUCAGGCAAGCGACGGACUUUUGGUACCUCACUGGCUUUGACGAGCCGGACGCGGUCGCCGUGUUGGUCUCCAAACCCUCCUCGCCCCGGGGAUACGAGUACGUGCUCUUCGUGCCCCCGCGCACGCCGCACGCGCUGCAAUGGGAAGGCGACUGCGCGGGGGUUGACGGCGCCGUGUCCGUCUUUGGCGCCGACGAAGCCUUCGCGAACACGGAGCUCCCCUCGCGCCUGCCGGCGCUCCUCUCGCACGCGGCGGAAGUAUACGCGUCCCUCCCGCCGUCGCCGUCGCCAUCCGCGUCGUCGCAGCCGCACCCGCCCCCCUCCCGCCGCCGAUCCUCCCUCCUCAAGCUGUUCCACCGGGACGCGCCCGCCGGCGCAUUCAACUGGAAGAGCUUCGACAACGACCCGCCGCACCUCGUGCUGAGCGCGGCGCUGGCCAGCGACGCCGCCAAGCCGCUCGCCCGCGUCGUGGAGCAUCUGCGGAUACGCAAGAGCCCCGCCGAGCUCGCGCUCAUGGCGCGCGCGGGCGAGAUCUCGGCGCGCGCACACUGCCAAGUCAUGCGCUUCGCGCGUGCCGGCGGCACCGAAGCAAACCUCCAAGCCACGUUCGAGUACCAUUGCGCGCUGGGCGGGAGCGAGCGCCCCGCUUACGUGCCGGUCGUGGCGAGCGGGGCGAAUGCCCUCGUCAUCCACUAUACGCGGAACGACUGCGUGCUGGGCCAAGACGACAUGGUGCUGAUCGACGCGGGCGGCGAGUACCACAUGUACGCGAGCGACAUCACGCGCACGUUUCCCGUCGCGGGGCGCUUCUCGCCCGCCCAGCGCGACUUGUACACCGCCGUGCUGAACGUGCAAAAGGAUCUCGUGGCGCGCUGCAAGCCCGGCGAGGCGAAUCUCAACGAGCUGCAUCGCGAGAGCUGCGUGGCGCUCGGCCGCGAACUGAAGCAGAUCGGGUUCAACCUCUCACCCGGGGACGUCGAGCGCACGCUCUACCCCCACUUCCUCAGCCACCACGUCGGCUCGGACCUGCACGACUGCCCCAGCGCCGAGCGCGGCGUCAUCCUCUCCGAGGGGCAUGUGGUGACCAUCGAGCCGGGGGUGUAUGUCCCCCGCGACCCGCGCUUCCCGAAGGCGUUCCACGGCCUCGGCGUGCGCAUAGAAGACGAGGUGGCCGUGACGAAGGACGGGCCGUGGGUGCUCACGCCCGCGCCGAAGGAGGUCGCCGAGGUCGAGGCCGCGUGUCAGGCAUAGACAUGUAUUGCAUUGCAUAAGUGUUGGGCGUGCCGCGCCGAAGAGACGAGGACGU